GUGAGAAACGUGAAGUGGUGCAACAAGGGAAUGGGUUCGAACAGUACGGAGACAGGAGGUAUUCAUAAUUCGCCCUCUUCCUCUAAUGAUCUCAUCACCAAAUCAAAACUCACCGUUUUGAAGAAGAAUAAGAGAGCAGCAGUUCUGAUCUGCGUCUUCGAAGGCGGCGAUGGGAAUCUGCGAGUAUUUCUCACCCAGCGGGCUUCCUCUCUCUCAACCCACUCCGGUGAGGUUUCUUUGCCAGGUGGCAAGAGAGAAGAAGGUGAUGCUGACGAUGUGCAAACUGCGCUGAGAGAGGCUAAGGAGGAAAUUGGCUUGGACCCUUCUCUUGUUUCUGUACUCACUCUUCUCCCACCCUUUCAUACUAAGUAUGGUGUUACAAUAAUACCCGUGGUAGGAGUACUGUCCGACAAAGAUGCAUUUUCUCCAAUUUUAAAUUCAACUGAAGUUGAAGCAAUAUUUGAUGUUCCAUUGGAGAUGUUCCUCAAGAACGAUAACAGAAGAGCCGAGGAAAGAGAAUGGAUGGGGGAGAAACAUCUUGUACAUUAUUUUGAUUAUGAGGAUGGGAAUAACAAGUAUGUGAUAUGGGCUAUAACUGCUGCAAUCUUGAUUAGGGCGGCUACUCUUUUACUUCAGCGACCACCUGCUUUUCUAGAGCAGAGACCUAAAAUAUGGGGAGGAAUGACUGAAAAUGGCAUAUGAUAAUACUAGGAGGAGUUCCAAAUAAUGAUUUUGUCUUUUAAGUUUGUAUAAUAAUUUAACACUUGAAGCUGCAUUUUUUAGAAAUGAAGCAUAUAUUUGCUUCUGCGUUAGAUUCAAUGGGAUCUACAUUAGAAGGAAUGAAGAUUAACAAUCUCACAUUUAGUGUGUUUGGAAACUUAUUAAUAAGAUUCAUAUGUUAAGAAAA